AUGGUCCAUGGCUUGCCUGAACCGCCUUCAAACAAGUUCGUGGGUCUUUCAUUCUGCGCGUUCGCUUACUGGUGGGUGGUUCUCUUUGGCGUCCACCUCCUAACGUUCGUCUACAACGCGUGCUUUGCGAAAUUCUACUGGGGCUUCGAUUCAACACUUCUGAGCUAUGUGCUCGAGCUUUACAUCAUUGGAAUCCCCGAGAGAAGUUUCACUUGCUGUGCGCGGGUGUUUGGGUGGAUAUACCGUGCCUUCCAGCGUUGGAGCGAACUCUUUGGUGUAAAUGGAAGCUACUUCCACACCUCCAUCAUUUGCCGAGAAGUCCUUGAGACCGUUCUCCAGACCAUGCAGGCAUUUCGUAUGAGCGUCCAUCUACCCGACACUCGCCUCAACGGCUUCUACGUCGGGCUACUUGUUAUCAACUGCUGGUCGUCCUUGGUUAUCCAUUCUCGUUGGUUCUCGCGCGAUGAAGCCCGACGUCGCUUUGCGUUGCUUGUGUCUGACUGCGCAUUGGAUCUCAUGUCGACGGUGGGUGUGUCGACAGCGAUUGUACUACGUUACGUCGGUGAAUUGGAGCUUACCGCUGAGGGAUUUCAGUUUGAUAGACUGGGAGAUGAUGACAGGCUAGCACAGAUGCUGACUGAAACGCAGCUAGUUCUCGUAGCGUCUUGGACUGAUUUGGCAAUGCGCAGCAUUUUCUCGCUUAGUCUCGCCAUGACUAUCACAAACAUGAAGGAACUGAUACGCUACUCGCCAGCAAGCAAGAUCCAAGUGCAGGCCGUCAGAGCUUGCAGCGACACAGAAGUUGAUGGGCUACGAGCUACUCCACUACUAUCGCAACAGCCACAACGCAUAGUCAAAGUUUUAACCAAGCCGGCGUCGGAAGCACAAGCACCUUUUCAUCACGCUGUACAUAUUGCGUUCGCUGUGUGGGGCGCUGUUUUACUGGCUUUGCAUGUGUAUGCAACUACGAAGACACCACUAAGCAUGUGCAUGCCCAAAGUGCAUCCUCUGGCAGGGACGCUACCUUCGUGCUUCAUGGUGAACUUUAACUGCCAUUACCUUGGGAUCACGGCCACUAAUGAAGAAGUACACCGUGAAUGGAGUAAACUUGAUCGUGCAACCGCUGUGAAGCUUCGUGUGCUGCAUUGCCCAGCGUUCGAAAUGCCCGAAAGUUUUCGUGAAUUCUCUCAGCUGCAAGAAAUCCAAGUGUACAACUCCACAAUAGCAGGCUGGGGGUUGGAAGCUGCCGUCACGAACAGUAGCCACCCGAAAGUACUCUCUUUGACUGCAGCUCGCGUGAACAUGACGAAUGGACUCCUCCCACGUGGUUUGCAGUCACCAGACUUUCCCAAUAGUCUCAGUCAGAUCGUUUUCUGCGAGACUAAUCUCUGCGAGCUACCAAGUGAUAUUGAUACAAUAUGGCGCGCCCACUCGAGCAUCUACAUGGAGAACAGCAAAUUAACUUCUGUCCCGCCCGCACUUACCCGAUUACAGCCGUAUUAUCUGGCACUGAGCGGAAAUUCCAUCACAGAGGUACCAUCGGAGCUGUUCGAAGUAAAUGGUCUAUUGCGCAUUGGUCUUGGACGCACAAACAUCAGUGUUGUACCUCAAAAUGUGCUUCACCCGACGACAAGUGCCCCCAUUAUCGAUGUUACGCAAACUUCCGUGUCAUUCUUCUGGGCGUGGAUGGACCUGAUUCUCCAACCAAAUCCAGGUUAUCCGCCAAAACUGUUAGCUGGUGGGUCCCCAUAUUGCUCUGACCUCGACAGAAUCAUGAUUGGAGUUUCAAAGACCUUCAGCGAACCAUUUUCAGCUCAGUUUUCCCCACUGCUGAUGAAUUCAUCCGAGGCAAAUUGGGUCUUCCUUAGCCAGGUUGUUGACUGCACUCCACCAUCCAGACCCACAGAUUUCCCGCUCGAUGAUUGGGAUCAAUUUUACCGUCUCGUGAACGAAUGA